AUGGCGACGCCUAUGAGAAUUAUCAAAGAGGUCAAGCGCCUCGGCGUGGAUCCAGUUCCCGGAAUCUCGGCCAAACCCACUGAGAACAACAUUCGGUACUUUGACGUGCUCAUGGACGGGCCAUCGCAGUCUCCCUACGAAGGUGGUCGCUUCAAGCUCGAGUUGUUUUUGCCCGAGGAGUACCCCAUGUCACCGCCCAAGGUGCGGUUUUUGACAAAGAUGUACCACCCGAACAUUGAUAAGCUGGGCCGCAUUUGCCUGGACAUUCUCAAGGAUAAGUGGUCGCCGGCAUUGCAGGUGCGCACGGUGCUUUUGUCCAUCCAGGCGCUGCUCUCAGCACCCAACCCCGACGACCCGCUUGCCAAUGAUGUUGCUGAGCAGUGGAAGACAGAUGAAAAGCUGGCUAUUCAGACUGCCAAGCAGUGGACUGAGAUGUAUGCUUGCCUAUCGAGCAAGGUGAAGUAAGCCAUGAGGGGAAAGACUAAUUGUGGGGUGAAGAGUAUUUGUAAAUGAAAUAGGCAGGUUUUUUAAUCGAAAUUGUUUACUCUUUGGUUGUCGAAAUGGAAUAGUCUCGUUCAAAGCUGUUUUUGCUGCUGCUAUCGUUUAUUUUUUUUUUCCUCUAUACAUCCCCGCCCACUUUGCAGAGAGAUUUCUUUUUUAAUAGCAAAACUUUAAAUAUAUACAU